AUGGCUUCUAAACCCCCCAGUGCUUGUUGUACUACUGGCUUCAGACACGAGGGAAAUCCCUCGGGGGAACUGAAGAAUGUUGAAGGUGUCAAGACAUAUAUCAGUCAUCCUACGGGAAAUAAGGCCCCCUCGAACGUGAUUAUCAUCAUGAGCGAUAUUUUUGGUAUCUACAUCAACAGCCAGCUCCUCGCGGACGAGUUUGCCGCCAAUGGAUACUUGGCACUCAUUCCCGAUAUACUGCAAGGGGACGCCCUCACGCACGCCGACAUGGAGAGUGGAAAGGUUGACCUGAAGGAUUGGAUUAAGAAUCAUCAGCCAACACACAUUGAUCCCAUCAUCGAAUCUACCAUCAAGUACGCCAGACAGGAACUGGGUGCAAAGAAAAUCGCUGCAGCCGGUUACUGCUUUGGUGCUAAGUAUGUCUGCCGUUUUUUGAAGAACAAAAAACUUGACGUGGGCUAUCUGGCUCAUCCCUCGUUUGUGUCUCAUGAGGAACUUGGCGCUAUCACCGGUCCUCUCACCAUCGCUGCCGCGGAAAUCGAUCAAAUCUUUACCGCCCAACUCCGCCACGAGUCUGAGGAUAUUCUCAACAAGGCUGGUCAACCUUGGCAGAUUAGCCUCUAUGGCGGUGUUUCGCACGGAUUCGCCGUCCGCACAGACUUGAGUAACAAGUCUUUCAAGUUUGCAAAGGAGCAGGCAUUUGCACAGGCACUCAGCUGGUUCAACCAUUAUAUGUGA